GCCGAUCGAUCCUUGGCCAUACAUUGCACGCGCAAAUCAAAUCAACGGGCUCAGAACACUAUUGUUUGUUGUCGUGUGCGGCCACGUGGCGAGUGCAAAUUCAAUCGAUCACAAAAAUGACAACACAACUGAAAACGAUGAUGACGUGGCGGACGGCACGUGGCAGCAGGACAAGGCUACUCACGAGCCACGUGGAUCCGUGCGGAAGCCGCGCAGCUGUGGCCGGAAACUCGGUCGCGAUUGGGAUCGCCAGCGGGAAUACAAGAUCAGGGGGACUGGGGGCGCCGGAGACGUCAACGUCGGCGGCGGGAGGGUGCAAUUCAAGUCGGGCGAUGCGAUCUCUCUUUUCGCAGAUGCUGACGGGCCAAAUCAAGAGGAUUGCCACGUGUUCAGAUUCGACUGCGGGGAAUCCACCUGGCUUCUUGCUGACGUGGCAGCAUGAGAAGGAGAGGAGGAGAACAUCAUCGGCGGGAAUGGUCACGCUAUUGCCAGUCUUCGUUAUGUGCCUGGCCUCCCCCAUGGCUAAGGCGAAGACAAAGGAUGCUGGAGUGUCUGAGCUUAAUUCACCUGAAGGGUCCGCUAAUAUCAUGGACAUGGAUGGCAAGAAGAUACUAACUCAGGCGCCAGCUGCAGAAGUCAAGUCGAAUUCCCAUACGGCUCGCUGGCGAGUGUUCACAGAUGUGGGGAGAAAUAUGUUCGCACAGGGUCGCUUGGAAGAGGCAGAGAAGUAUUUCCGGAAGGCACUAGACGAGUCAAAGCAGGGGUUCGGAGAGGACGAUCCUCAUGUCGCUUCAAGCUGCAACAAUUUGGCUGAAAUCUACAGGGUGAGGAGGGACUAUCUGCGGGCAGAACCUCUCUACCUGGAGGCCGUGGCAAGGUUGGAGGCAGCUAUGGGCAAAGACAAUCAGAGUGUAGGUCUGGCUCUCCAUAACCUCGGCGGUUUUUACUUGUUGACGAAGAAUCUUCAGAAGUCAAAGGAGUCGUACGAGGCCAACAUUAGGCGCACGACCUGGGUAGAGAGGUGUGCGCCGGAAGACUAUACGGCAUGGGAAGCCGUGGUUACAGCGGAAUGUAUGAUUGGUGAUGAGAGCAUGCUGAUGUGGCAUUUAGCUGAGGUGGCACUGCAUUGCGCUGUGGGUGGUACCGAGGCUACGACCGGUCAUCAAAUGCACACUCAGCUCAAUUGGUCAGACACCGAUGAGGGUGGAGUUGACGAUGUGAGACUGACACGUUCAAGAUCACUUAGGGUCCCGCACGUGUUUCAGACCUUACAACCGGGAGACGAAAGACGGCUUCGUGCCGAAAAUAGAGCCCGUGCUCUCGCAGCAGCCAGGGAAACAGCACUAGCUGCAAGUCAGGCGUUGGCAGCAGCAAAUGCAGCAGCUAGAGAGCAGGCAGCAGCAGCCAGAGCAGCAACAAUGGCUAACGGCGCAGCCUCUGCUGCGUCCUCGUUUGGGACCCAGUUGGGAAUGCCCGUUGGGCCCACGGGUACUUCCGGGGCAGUAAGUUCUGGUCAGUCCACAAGUCAAAUGGCGGGCUCGCAGUUAAGCCCGUUGACCCCACGCGGCAGGGAGCUCCUAGAGCUCCAACAAGUCGAAAGGAUCCGCGAGCGGUUAGAGAGGGAACUGAAAAAUAGAACAGCCAGGCUUGAUACGUUAGAGGCAGACAAAGCUGCAUUGGAGGGUUUGGAUGAGUCAGCCAUGACUAACCAAAUUAAAGUACUGAAGAACAACGUAUUGUCACUGCAUGCGCAUGUGGACAGCAGACUGGACUUCAUGCAGAACUCUUUGGACCAGAUCUUGGACCUUUUGCAAACGCGAGGAUUUAGGCCAGCAGCACAGUCGUCGUUGCCAUUAACGGCGAUGUCAGGCCCCUUUCCGGUACAAGCUGGCACACAGCCAAGUGGACACAGUGUUUCCAUGGAUUUCAUGGACACCCUGGUGACCAAUAGGAAUGGCAAGAGGCACAUCUUUGUCAUCAUAGACCGAUUCACCAAGUACGCUAGACUAAUUGCCAUGCCAGAGACCGCAAGGACUGAACACGUCAUCAAGUUGUUUUUGGACAAUUGGGUGCGUGAUUUUGGAUUACCAAAGUCAAUCGUUAGCGACAGAGAUGUCCGUUUCACAAGUGAGCUGUGGAAGAAGACUGCUGAACAGACGGGCAAUCAACUUCAGAUGACUUCAGGGAAUCAUCCCGAAGCAAACGGACAGGCCGAGCAGAUGAAUAGAGUUGUACAACACUUGCUGAGGCAUUACAUCAAGCCCAGCCAGGAUGACUGGGAUGAGAAAUUGCCUCUCAUCGCCAGCCUGUACAACAAUGCUGUACACAGCAGUACCGGCGUCAGUCCUAACCAGCUACACUUGGGAUGGAAGCCUAGAUCAGCACUAGACUUCCUCUUGCCUGAAAACCGAUCCUCUGCAACUCCAGGCACACUCGAGUACGGCGUGCAGUAUGAGAAGUUGCUACAGCAAGCUGUCGAGCAUAUGAAGAAAUCUCAGCAAGCAAUGAUUGCUUCUGAGAACAAACAUCGUCGGCAGUCCUCAUUUCAGGUGAAGGAGGCAUCUUUUGGUAAAAAGCACCCUGAAUAUGCAUUGACUCUGUUCCACCUUGGUGAGGUUAUCCGGCUGAUGGGAAAUGUGAAAGAGGCAGAGAAGCUCAUCAGGGAGUCUUUAAGUUUGCUAGAGGAGUCUGGCGGUGGAUAUUCUCCUGCUGCGAUUAGACGAAUGUCACGGCUUGCUGAGCUCUUGGUACAGUCACGGCAGCUGCAUGAAGCUGAAUUGGUCCACAGGAGGAUCUUGCAUAUUGUGGAACUCUCCAAGGGAUCGGAAGGAGUAGAGGCAGCAAAUGCGAUGGAAAACCUUAGCGGCGUGCUGCGUCUUCGCGAAAAGCUUGACGAAGCUGCAGAACUCCUCCAAAGGUGUCUGCAGAUUCGUCAGACAGUGCUCUGUUCAAAUCACAUGCAGGUUGGGAGUACGCUCUUCAAACUCGGAAUAGUCACAAAAGAGCAGGGAGAUGCUAUUACUAUGAAAAACAGCAAGUCGCCUGAUGAGCUGGAGAAGGCCAAGGAUCUGUAUGAUUAUAGUGUCAUGCUGCUUAACCGAGCAAUCAGCAUAGCUGAGCAAAAUUGGGAUCAAGCACUGACAGCUCUGAAAGCUGCAGAAGCAGCUGCGAAGUCUGCCGCUGAGAAAGAGGGUUCCGUCAAGAUGGCAAUUCCCACAUUGAUUCCACAUCGACUUUGAUUUUUUUUUUUUUUUUCCUGAUACAAAUGCUGCACAGUAGACAGAAGGUUGGUUGUCAACUUUUCACCUUUUUAAAAUUGUAAGUUUUUUUUUGAAACUUCGCUUCUUUUCCUGCCAAAAAAGGAUAACAAAUUUGGCUGAGCGUC